AUGCCACACGCGCGCAGCGGUCCUAGGCAUCAUUGCCCAGGACUUACUGGGAAAGUUGAUAACUAUCCGGGGAACUGUAGACACAAUGGGCUCUGGUGUGAGACGCAUGAGAACUACUGUCCCCGGCACGACUGGUCUCACAUGAAGAAGUGGCCAUGUCCAGCUUGUGAGAAGGAAUUACGGUAAGUUCAUCGCUCUUGUGUUGAGAGAUAUAGAAUGCUAAUAGAUUAUAGUAUGAAUGAUAGACGAAAGGAUAAGGACAGGAAGCGCGAUGAUGGGGAUGGGGAUGGGGGUGGAGACAGAAAGAACAAUCCCAAGCCUAUCAAUGCGAGGAACAGGAAGCAAAUUGCCAAAGCUGCGAGACAGGAUAAGCAGGCUGGGAACAAGAAGCCGAAGACGAAGAAUAAGAGUAGGACGAAGGACGGAAGCAUGGAUGGUAGUGGAAAUUCCCAAGUCAAAGUUACCACCAGAGACGACGUUACCGAGUCCGAAUCCGAUUCCUUGAAGUCAUUAUUGAACUCGCUCGUCCAACUGACAUUGCCAAAUUCGCAAAAGUCAACCAGCAGGCCCAGGCGAACUGGGGAAAGUCGGUCUAG